GGAACGGGGUCGGCGUCGGGUUCGGCUGGUCGCCCGUAGAGCUGAGGAGAAGGGAGCGGAGGAGAUUUAGAGGAGUUGGAGCUCGGUACUUCCCCUCCCCCCUCCUUACCCCGCCCGCCCCAGCCGCCCCCUCCCUCCUCACUCGGUCUCCGGCCCGCCGGGGCCCGCUCUGGGGUGAGGCCCAUGGCUCCUCAGAAGCACGGUGGAGGCGCGGGGCCCAGCUCGGGUUCCGCUGGCGGUGCCGCCGGAGGAGGCGGUGGAGGAGGCGGCGGCGGGGGGUUCGGGGGCUCCGCGGCUGCCGCGGCUCCGGGCGGUAAAUCCGGUGGUGUUCCAGGAGGCGGCGGGGGAGGAGGAGGAAGCGGUUACUCGGGAGGCUCUUCGGCCUCCUCGGCGGCUGCGGCGGCGGCGGCAGCGCUGCCCCCUGUGAAGAAGCCGAAGAUGGAGCAGAUCCAGGCCGACCACGAGCUCUUCCUGCAGGCCUUCGAGAAACCAACACAAAUAUAUAGAUUUCUACGUACCCGGAAUCUCAUAGCACCAAUAUUUUUGCACAGAACUCUCACGUACAUGUCCCACAGAAACUCCCGAACAAAUAUCAAAAGGAAAACGUUCAAAGUAGAUGACAUGUUAUCAAAAGUAGAGAAAAUGAAGGGAGAGCAAGAGUCUCACAGCUUGUCUGCCCAUCUGCAACUCACAUUUACUGGUUUCUUCCAUAAAAAUGAUAAGCCAUCACAAAACUCAGAGAAUGAACAAAAUUCUGUAACCCUGGAAGUACUGCUUGUGAAAGUUUGCCACAAGAAAAGAAAGGAUGUCAGUUGUCCAGUAAGGCAAGUUCCUACAGGUAAAAAGCAGGUACCUUUGAACCCAGACAUCAACCAAAUAAAGCCAGGCAACUUCCCAUCACUCGCUGUUUCCAGCAAUGAGUUUGAACCCAGCAACAGCCAUAUGGUGAAGUCUUACUCAUUAUUAUUCAGAGUAACUCGUCCAGGAAGAAGAGAAUUUAAUGGAAUGAUCAAUGGUGAGACUAAUGAAAACAUAGAUGUCAAUGAGGAGCUUCCUGCUAGAAGAAAACGUAAUUCUUCGAAUCGUGAAGAUGGAGAAAAGACUUUUGUGGCACAAAUGACAGUAUUUGAUAAAAACAGGCGCUUGCAGCUUCUGGAUGGGGAAUAUGAAGUAGCAAUGCAGGAAAUGGAAGAGUGUCCAAUUAGCAAGAAAAGGGCAACAUGGGAAACUAUACUUGAUGGGAAGAGGUUACCUCCAUUUGAAACAUUUUCUCAGGGACCUACACUUCAGUUUACCCUUCGUUGGACAGGAGAUACAAAUGAUAAAUCUACAGCUCCUAUAGCCAAACCUCUUGCAACACGAAAUUCAGAAAGUCUCCCUCAAGAAAACAAGCCUACUUCUGUUAAACCUGCUCAGACUAUAGCUGUGAAAGAGUCCUUGCCAACAGACCUACAAACAAGAAAAGAGAGAGAUGUUUUAAAUGAACCUCGACAAAAGUUACGAAUAUUUUACCAGUUCCUGUAUAACAACAAUACAAGACAGCAGACUGAAGCCAGAGAUGACUUGCAUUGCCCCUGGUGCACGUUGAACUGCCGCAAACUUUAUAGUUUACUCAAACAUCUUAAGCUUUGUCACAGCAGAUUUAUUUUUAAUUAUGUUUAUCAUCCAAAAGGUGCUAGGAUAGAUGUUUCCAUCAAUGAGUGUUAUGAUGGCUCCUAUGCAGGAAAUCCUCAGGAUAUUCAUCGUCAGCCUGGAUUUGCCUUCAGUCGCAAUGGACCAGUCAAAAGAACUCCUAUCACACACAUCCUUGUAUGCAGGCCAAAGCGUACAAAAGCAAGUAUGUCAGAGUUUCUUGAAUCAGAAGAUGGAGAAGUGGAACAGCAAAGAACGUACAGCAGUGGACACAAUCGGUUAUAUUUCCACAGUGAUACCUGUUUACCUCUCCGUCCACAAGAAAUGGAAGUAGACAGUGAAGAUGAAAAAGAUCCUGAAUGGCUGAGAGAGAAAACUAUUACACAAAUUGAAGAAUUUUCUGAUGUUAAUGAAGGAGAGAAAGAAGUGAUGAAAUUGUGGAAUCUACAUGUUAUGAAGCACGGGUUUAUUGCUGACAAUCAAAUGAAUCAUGCCUGUAUGCUGUUUGUUGAAAAUUACGGACAGAAAAUAAUUAAGAAGAACUUAUGUAGAAAUUUUAUGCUUCAUCUGGUCAGCAUGCAUGACUUUAACCUCAUUAGCAUAAUGUCAAUAGACAAAGCUGUUACUAAGCUUCGAGAAAUGCAGCAGAAGUUAGAAAAAGGAGAAUCAACUACCCCAACAAAUGAGGAGUUUUCUGAAGAACAAAGUGGGACAACAAAUGGAUAUAGUGAAACUAACACGAGAGAGAGAGUUUCAGAAACAGAUAGUGUCUCAGGGGUCACAAAACAGAGCAAAAAACAAAAGCUCUGAAGGAAAAGGCAAAUGCUAUUCAAUGGACAAACAUUGAAGUGACAUUCUAGGGUGCAUGAGCUAUAUAAAGAAUUAAACAAAAAAUUACACAGGUUCCAAACAGGCACUGUUGGAUGGAAAUAAAUGAUUUCAACAAGGAUAUUGUUACAACAGAUUCCUAUUCAGUUAAUUAUGCAAGUAAUACACGUAUAUCAGUUUUGGUGAUGUAAUGACAAUAUUCUAAGAGUUUGAGCAUGAAGAGCAAUACAAAAAUCUUUUUGUAAUUUUAGUAAUUAGUAUCUUAUGAACUCUACUGAAUAUACAUAAUUUAAGUAUAUGUAAAACAGUUUUUAUAUUAAGGUUUUUACAUCUGUACCUGGCUGUUUUUCCUACCAUGAAGUUGUGAAACAUUGGGAAGGGAUUGGGAAACAAUUUGCUUUUUUUCUUUAGAAAUGCUCCAGUUAGCCUUUUUUGUGAAAAAUAUGCAUCAUUAUUUAAAGUUUAACCUUGAUCCUUGUUUUUUGGAAUCAUUUAUCAAUUUACGAUCAUCAUAAACCACAAAUUGAUAAUUUUUUACACUAAAAUUGUAAAAGUUUGCAAAUUUAACAUAGCACUUCUUUGUCUUGUGCCUGUUUGGAAAGACCUUGGCUUUUCACAUUACAGACACAGUGAAAUACCAUCUUGGCUUUUUGAGGUUACUGGCAGUUUGUUUUUUGUGGAUAAUUCUGAUGUAUUGAUCGCCCAGUGUACCCUUUUAAACUUGAACAUUUAGCUACUUUCUAUUUUUAUUACACCUUUACACAGCUACACAAGAACUAUCUGGUGUCUAACUCUUUUUUAAAGGGUUGCAUCAUAGUGUGCCAUGCUAAGGCCCAGUCAGUAUGUAGUCAUUACUCUGAUAAAUACUCUAGUUGGAGUUAUGCAUACUGUUUUGCCUGAGUACAGACUGCAGGAUCAGGCCAUAGAUUUAGCUUGGGCUUUUGAGAUACCACUCUUCAGGAAAAAUGCACUGUAAAAUUGGACCAGAAAAUGUGUUGCACUUCUUAUGCAAGUAUUCUGUGAUGUAUUGUAUUCAAUACAGAUACUAAGAUGCUGACUAAAAUAUAUUUGAGCAGUUUUGCACUGCUGUUAACACAUUUUAUGCAUAUGUUUACAGAUUUUUUCCAAUGGAAAGUGGUUUCACUACUGGUACAGUAUCAGCACCGAUGGGUUUAUUCAAGCAAGCACUGUGGUUGUGACAUCA